UCCGCCCCCAUAUUGCCAUCCCUAAGCACAGUAGAAAAAGCCCACAGAUAUUUUGAUUUGACCCACCACCAAAGUAGAAGACGACGCUGGAGCCCAAUCGCACUAAUUCUUCACCCCUGGUUCGUUCUUUAUUUAUCUCAAUGCCACUCAACCUCUCAGGUGCAAUGCGUGUCACUCAGAAACCGAAUCAUGUUCUGUAAUGAAUCUCUACAUUUGCUACUCAGCAAAAUAACAGAAUAGAAAUAAGAAAAGGAAAGAAUAAAAGCAUAACUUGCAUGACAAUGAUGACAUUGUCCUCAUUCUUCAGCUUGCCGUUUUCUUAAUUUCUCUCUCCAAAACCUAUACAUACAUAUAGAUAUCUAUAUUCCUUUCUCUCUCUAUGAAGUAUACAUAUAGCUACAGAAAGGGUGAAUCAUGCCAUAGGCUUUUACCGUACUUGGAGCUAGCUAGAGAGAGAAAGUUUUUCAUUAUUGAGAGAGAAAGAUAGUGUCAGGGAAUGAGAUCAUCAACGGCGGCGCAGAGCAGCAGCAGUUAUGAUUUGUCUUUUAAGAUCUUAUUGAUCGGUGAUUCAGGAGUUGGCAAGAGCAGCUUGCUCCUCAGUUUCAUUUCUAAUGCUAUUGACGAUAUUACCCCUACCAUUGGUGUUGAUUUUAAAAUCAAGACGCUCACUGUUGGUGGGAAUAGAUUGAAGCUUACCAUUUGGGACACAGCUGGACAGGAGAAGUUCAGGACAUUGACAAGCUCCUACUUCAGAGGUGCUCAGGGAAUCAUUCUUGUUUAUGAUGUGACAAGGCGAGACACAUUCACAAACCUAUCUGAUGUGUGGGCAAAAGAGGUGGAGCUUUGCUGUACUAACGAGGAUUGUAUCAAAAUGCUGGUUGGAAACAAAGUUGACAGAGAAUCUGAGAGAGUUGUGAGCAGGGAGGAAGGUGCUGCUCUAGCAAAAGAGCUUGGAAGUUUAUUUCUUGAGUGCAGUGCUAAAACCCGAGCAAAUGUAGAGCAAUGCUUUGAAGAGCUUACCUUAAAGAUAAUGGAGGUACCUAGUCUUCUAGAAGAAGGAUCUGCUCCAGGGAAGAAAAAUAUCUUGAAACAGAAACAAGAACACCAAACAACACAGAGUAGUUGUUGCUCAUGAAAACUCUCCAAAACUAGGGCCAACAAUUGACAAAUGUAUCAAAGGCAUGCACUAGAUGCGGACAGUAAAUGUCACAUUUUCGUUUUCCGCAUUAUCAGUUGAUCCAAAAUGUAAAUAUUUCUCCCCUCUUUUAUUUUAGUGCUGCUAUUUAAAAGGUAAUACAAAUUCAGUGUAUAAAUGGUCAUUUGUCUUUCUCCAUUUUCUUUGUUCAUAUUGGCCAAAUUGCUGAUUUUGUGCGUGUUUUUCCAUA